AAAAAAAAACCUUCUUUACUUAAAAAGAAAAUAAUCAUUUGGGCUGGCAAAAGCUGCUUAUUUCAUCAAACCCCUCAAUUCUGUCCGUAAUGCUUCAAGAAAAAUACAUUGGCCUCACACUGGCCAUGUGCUCAAGUGUCUUUAUCGGUCUCUCAUUUAUCAUUACAAAAAAAGGCCUCAUUAACUCAAAACGGCGUCAUGGCAAUGCAGCAGAAGAAGGAGGUCAUUACUACCUACGCAAUUGGACAUGGUGGGCUGGUAUGGGAACAAUGGCCGUUGGUGAAAUCCUCAAUUUCUCGGCCUAUUCAUUCGCCCCUGCUAUCCUCGUAACACCCCUUGGUGCCCUUAGUGUGAUCCUGGGAGCCAUAUUUGCAUCCCUAUUCCUUCGAGAAAAACUUGGUGCUAUUGGAAAGAUCGGAUGUCUUUUGUCCGUAAUUGGUGCAGUUAUUAUCGUACUACAUGCUCCAGAAGACAAAGAAGUUACCUCAAUCGAUGAAUUAUUAUUCUAUGCUCUCCAGCCUGCAUUCAUGACCUACUGUGCAAUGGUGGUUAUUGUGAGUCUGAUCAUGAUCUAUUUGGUCGUCCCUCGUUAUGGAAAAAAGAACCCCUUCGUCUACAUCUCCAUCUGCUCACUUGUGGGUUCAGUCUCGGUCAUGUCCAUCAAAGCUUUCGGAAUCGCCCUCAAGUUGACCUUUGCAGGCAAUAACCAAUUUACACAUCCUUCUACCUACGCAUUUGGUAUAGUCGUAAUUGUUUGCAUCAUCACCCAGAUGAAUUACUUUAACAAGGCCCUUGACCAAUUCUCUACCAAUGUUGUAAAUCCUAUCUAUUUUGUCAUGUUUACUUCAAGUGUAUUGGUUGCAUCGGCCAUUCUGUUUCAGGGGUUCAACACAGAUAAUACCGUAAAUGUAGUCUCGUUGAUCUGCGGCUUCAUUAUCAUUUUUGCAGGCGUCUAUCUCCUGGACUCCAUUGCACGUGGCGCUGGCGCCGGUGGAGGAGGAGGAGGAGGAGUGGGAGACCAUCUAGGAUCUCCAGAAGAACAGGGCUUCUUAAUGGGUGAAGACGAAGAAGAUGCUAUGGGUCUCACUGAUCUAAGUGCCUCGGACGAAGAAAGGUUAAGACGAUCCAAUAGAUAGAUAAUGUCAUGUAUUAACCCUCUUUCUCUUUCUCUUAAAUUCCCUACAUCUUCUUUUCUCCUUCUUAUUAUUAUUAUUAUUUUUUGUGUUUUUUUUUCCUUUCUUUAUAUUCUUCUUCUUCUUCUUUUUUAUAUUACUUUACAUAGUUUCUUGAAAGGCCUUGCCAAUGCACAUAGACAGACAGAUUUAUAAAAAGUGUUGAAUGUUUUCAAUGUAAUAAAAAAAACAGCCCUUUUUUAAUGU